AUGAACUCCAACAGCAUUAUCGAAGAUGAGAGCCAGGUUUCAUCCGAAGUCACGCCAGAGCGAGUACUCGGAUGGUACAAAAACAUGCUCACAGUCAACAUCAUGGAUGGCAUCAUGUUUGACGCACAGAGACACGGUCGUCUGAGCUUUUACAUGGUCUCACAUGGCGAAGAAGCUCUCAUGGUUGGGUCCGCAGCCGCCUUGGAUGCCGCCGACGUUAUCACCACCCAGUACAGAGAACACGGCGUCUUUCUGCAGCGCGGAUAUGAGUUGAAAGACUUUAUGUGCCAGCUAGCAGGAAACCACAAUGAUCCUGGAAAGGGACGUAACAUGCCAGUUCACUAUAGUGGAAAGAGCAAAGUUAAUAUUCACGCAGUAGCCUCUACCCUGGGCACCCAGAUACCCCAUGCCACCGGCGCCGGAUACGCUCUGAAGAUGGAGGCUCUCGAGAACCCUGACCAGGCGCCAAGAGUAGCAGCGUCAUACUUUGGUGAGGGUGCUGCCAGUGAGGGUGACUUCCACGGCGCACUCAACGUCGCUGCUACACAGGAUGUUCCUGUCAUCUUUAUCUGUCGUAAUAAUGGCUUUGCUAUUUCGACCCCAGCAUCUCAACAAUACCGUGGAGACGGAAUUGCUGGCCGCGGAGCUGGUUACGGCAUCGAGACUCUCCGCGUUGAUGGCACCGACAUCUUUGCCGUCUACCAGGCAACGAAGGAAGCUAGAAGGCGAGCGCUUAAAGGAGGCGGACGACCGAUCCUCCUAGAAUUCAUGAGCUAUCGCAUCUCGCAUCACAGCACAAGCGACGACAGCUCAGCGUAUCGUUCUAGCAGUGACGUGAGCUAUUGGAAGUCCGAUGAUCGCCAUCCCGUCGCUCGGCUACGCAAGUGGCUGGAGCACCAAGGUGUUUGGGAUCAGACAAGAGACGCCAAGCUGCGGGCGCAGCUUCGCAAGGACAUUAUCCUGGAGCUUUCAGAGGCAGAGAAGGAAAAGAAGCCUGCGCUUCGUGCUAUCUUUUCUGAUGUCUACGCCGAGUUGACUGAGGAAGCGGAAGCACAACGUCAGGAACUCAAGAGGAUUAUGCUCAAGUACCCUGAAGAGUACGAUUUUGAGGAGCAUGAGGGAGGAAUUGAAGGUUUAUAG